AUGGAACGACUUGUAAGGAAUUAUAUGAUUACAUCAAAUGAUGAGACCGAAUCAAAAUCCAUUGUUUCUAAAAUUGCAACUAGUAUAAAUAGUGGACAAUCAAAUCUAAUAUCACUUGUUCAAGUACUUGGUGAAUUUUUGACAAGUGAAGAUAUUACAAUUCGUGCUAGAGGGACUGCACUCUUAUCAGCAGUUCUUGCAGAUUGUCCGCAAGAACAAGUUAACAAUGCAACAAUAAGAGUGCUGGUAGAUUUUUAUUGUGAAAGAUUAUCAGAUACAGCAAGUGUUCCUGAAUUGUUACAAGGAAUAUCAUCACUUACGUGUUUUACUACGUUUCAUCAUGAAAAUGCAUCAAGGGUCGCAAAUUCAAUAUUUGCAAGUGUAAAUGUACAAUCAUUUCAGCAAACAUCUAGACAUUAUGUAUUUCAAAUAUUUGACAGAUUACUAAAAAAUCAUUUAAAUGAUUUUGUUAAUGGGUUCAUUCAAGCAAUGGAUGGAGAGAAAGAUCCUAGAAAUUUAUUAUUAGCAUUCUCCUUAGUUAAAUUAAUUAUACAUGAAUUUGAUAUUUCUCAGAAUGUUGAGAGGUUAUUUGAGGUGACAUUUUGUUACUUUCCAAUUACAUUUAAACCGCCGCCCGAUGAUCCAUAUGGUAUAACAGCUGAUGACUUGAAAAUUGCUCUUAGAGAAUGUUUAUCGGCAACAUCACAUUUUUCUAAAUUGGCAAUGCCAUUAUUGUUAGAAAAAUUAACAUCAAGUUCGGGUCAUGCAAAGAAAGAUUCCAUUGAGACUUUAACAGAAUGUGUUCCGGUGUAUGGACCAGAUUCAAUCGUACCAUACUUGGAAGAUUUAUGGGAAUAUCUUAGAGAUGAAAUAAUUAAUGCUACAGAUGAUUCAGUUGAAAAUAUAGCAUUGGAAGCAAUUAAAAGCAUUAUAGCUACAUUAUCCUUGGGAAUAAUAGAUCAUUUACAACAAUUUUUAAAGACUAUCGUAACUGAAUGUAUGGAAAAUCUAAAAGAGCCGGAAUUGAAAUUGGCCAAACCUUGUGGAAGAAUUUUAAUGUAUUGCGCUAUGGCUUCAGAUCUGUCUUUUAAUAUUAUAAUUUCGGCUACUGCGAGAGUCUUAAUACAACAAUAUAAAGAAAGUGAUCUGGCAACUAGAAAGAAGAGUUUAUUGGAAGUGUUAAGAGUAUAUAUAACAGCAAGCCAAAAUCUAUAUGGGUCAAUCGACAAAUCGUCAGAAAAUCUAGAUGGUGAAUUUGUUACACUGUUGUUACCAUAUAAAAAUGAUUAUUUGGAAAUAUUCAGUUCGGCUUUAUAUAAUCAAAACGAAUAUAAUGAAUUAAGGCUGUGUGGAUUACGUGGAUUACACGAUAUGAUAUUUUUACGUCAAUUUUUUGAAGAUAACGAAAUUGGUGUUAUUUUGCAGUAUUUUAAUCGAACAAUCUUGGAAGAAACUGAUCGAGAAAUUGCAGAUGAAGCAUUAAAAUCUUUAACUAAUAUAGCUAAAUAUAAAUCACAAAUCGUAUUGGAAGUUACACUUCCAGUUUUUUUGGAUAAACUACCUUGUAAUGAAGAUGAAUUGAAUAGCGAUAAUAUAUCUGGAAUGAAAGUCAAUUAUCUAAAGUUUUUAGACGCUUUAUCCGAAUUUGCUGUUGAACCUAUACUAUUUGAAGCAUAUGUGCCACAAGUUUUAAAGAAAUUGGAUUUUGCGUCUUCAAUCGCUGAAAUUGAAUAUUCAGAAUCAUUAUUACACUCUCUUCAUACUUUACUUUUAAAGAAAACUUCAUUAAAUCAUUCUGAUAUUUCACGUUAUGUGAAUUCCCUUGUUCCUCAAUUAUUGACUAAAUCUAUUAUGCCAAGUUUGCACGGUAAAGCCGAAGUAAAUAAUUUAAUGAAAAGUGUAUUUUAUGAGGAAAAAAUUAUUAAAGUUGUUGCUGGAAUCAUAAGUGUCAUUACGAGGAACUUAAAUGUUAGUGAACAAUCAAUGUUUAUCUCUCAUAUAAUUGAAAUAUUUACGAAAGGCAACUUAAAUUCAAGAUACCUUGAAUUUCCGGAUCUGGAUAAAACAUCACUUGAUACAACUUUCAAUCCACUUUCUAUAGAAUCAGAUUUUAAACAACAAAAUUUGACAUUGUUAUUUACUGCAGCUGUUGGGUUUUGCCGGAAAGAAGUUUCAUUUCCGUUAUCAAAUAUUUCGGCAUUUUUAUCAGGUAUUAUUGGAGUUUCUUUGAAUACGAAUAAUAAACUUCAACAACAUUCCUUAGCUCAAUUAGCUGCCUCAAUUCUAAAUAAAUGGAACCAAGAAAAUGAAUUGAAUAAAUUCGUUGAAACAAAAGUUCUUGGAGAAUUAAAGAAUCAUUUCACGUCUUUCAGUACAGAGAGUGAAAAUAUAAGACGAGCUUCAUUAUAUAUAUUCGUUUGGCUUACAAAAGCAUUAAUAUUGCGCGCUCAUCCAUUGAGUUAUGAAUGCGCCAGUCAAAUAACUAGUCAAUUUUGUGAUCCAAUAUUAGAGAAACAUGCCUUAGAAGGAUUUGAGGUUUUAACUGGAGAAAGUGAUAUGUUAAAUAAACAAAGUUUUGCUGUUAUAAGGAUUCUAUAUAAGCAGAAAUUCUUUAAUUAUUGUAUGCCAAAAUUAGUUGAAGGUUUCAAAGUUGCCAGCGAUAAAGAUAAACACAAUUAUUUAAUUGCUUUAUCAUACUUAUUGAGAAAUGUUCCUAAACAAGUAUUAUUGAGUGAAUUGCCACCGUUAUUUCCUCUACUUAUACAUUCACUAUCAUUACCUGAUGCUGAACUUAAAGCAUCAACUAUUGAUACAUUUUAUAUUAUAUCUGUGAAUGCUUCACAUAUAAUAUCCGAACAUGUAUCUACUUUAAUACCAUUAUUAUUAUCAUUGACAAAACCUGAUCAUGGAAAUACUAUGCGAGUCCGUAUAGCUGCGCUGCAAUGUUUGAGUAUAUUACCCGAUCAUAUACCAUUUGAUGUAUUAUUUCCAUUUAAAUUUAGAAUUUUAAAAGAGUUGAGCACGGCAUUGGACGACAGGAAAAGACUUGUUAGAAAACAAGCUGUUGAUUGUAGAAGCAAAUGGUAA